UAAUUAGCUGUUUGGCGAGGGGGCACCCUAUAAAAGUCAGAGCAGCUCUGUCUGAGCUACGAUACAGUUGGCAUCCUUUGAGUUCAUCGGUUCAUCUUCUCUCUCUCUGGUGUUUGUUUUUAUCGCCGUGGGACGAAAAUGAAAGUGGCCAUUCUAUGCUUGUGUUUGGCUGGCACUGCCUGUGCUCUGCCCUUUCAGUACUUGCCGCAUUACACAGCGUCUAGAGUGCGGGCACCGGGCUCACAGUUGAAACUACCUUUCCCAGCUGGUUUCCCACAAUCUGGAGUUUUCGCUCAUAGUGUGGAAAUUGUAUCUCCAUACAGAUUUGGUGUUGGUGCAGCUGGAACAAACCAAGUACAGACUCUCCCUCCAUAUGGUUUCAUCAAGUACUCCAUUCCUCAGCCACCUGGCCGACAGAGCGUUGAAGUUUUCUUGCCUUAUGACUUCACUCAGAACAAGGUUAUCCAGAACACUCCUCAAAUGACAAAUGAUCCUUUUGGGCAAGAUUUUGCCACAUUCGGAACUUUUCCCCAGGCCGUUCCCCAGCAACCUGUGAAUAUGCCAACCUUUGAUGCCAAUGCACAUCCCUCCCAGAAUCCCCUACAGCCACUGCAGCAGGACCAACCUGUGCAAACAAGCCAAGCACCUGCAAAGACCGUGUGAACAAGUGGACAAGUUUCUACUCCUCAACAUUGAAUGCUGAUCUUUGGUUAUAAAGUAGAAAAGUCAUCUUAAAGUACAGUUUUAGAACAUUAGCGAACUACCUUAUGAUGGUUAACCCAUGUCGAUGCCUGGAAACCUUUCUUUUUACCUUUAAAUGUGGAAUAACAAUAGCUGUCUAAUAAUUAUUAAGUCAUUUGGUCUUACACUCAGUGUGUUGUGCUUUCGCAGUAACGGCAUUAUUUCCUUUUCUUUUCCCAUUGUUGUUUGUUUUAAAAAUAAAAAUAUUUUAAGCAAA